AUGCUCCAGAAGGUUCUACUGCAACCCAUGACCAGUGCUCCAUGCGACAGCAAUGCUCCGGAGAUCGAGAUGGAGAGUAGAGCUGAGGAGGGAGACACUGGCCAAGAGAAUACAAGGAACAACGAGGAGACUGAUAUCAAGGCGACUGGGUGGGGAUCCCCAAUUGGUACUGGAGAGGGGAUUGAGGAACAAGUGGAUGGAGGGGGUGACGCUGCUGGUCCCAAUGAGACACUCGGAGGUAAUGUGGCCAGUACUGAAGCCGAAAGAGAGGCGGAGAAAGAGGACGAAGAAGAUACCCUACCAAUUUUCUUUACGGAGAGUCGUAUUGAAGACAUCAAUAUCACAAAUACAUUCAUCCAACUCAUUCAUGGAGCCAGGCUUGACGACCAGUGCAGAAGACUGAGUCAUGAAACCAUUCAGCAGAUCAGGAAUCCUCUUCGAGAUCCCCCCGUCCUCACUCUUGACAAAAAGCUUUCAAUUGACGUCUACUUUGCUGUCAACGGCCAUGCAUCUAUCGAGACCUAUGAAUCAAUGCACUGA